CCACACAACACAACACACAGCCACCUGCCAGCGCGCCACGCCACGCUCACCAAACGCGACAAUUUCUCUCAGAUUCAUCUCUAAAGUAACAUUUUCCGAGAGUUUGCGAAACUAAGCUGCCAAGAUGAUGAACACAUCGAUGCCGAAUUCCACUACGUGGAAUGUUAAAAGAAGGAGGGAUUUUAGUCAACUUAAUCCGGGAACUGAACUUCCAGGGUACCGAGGAUACAUAGAGCAGUAUAAAUAUCAUGUUGGUGACACAUAUGGCAAUGCAACAAACAAGUUAUCAGAGAAAUGGAGGACCAGGCAUCCAGCAUAUACAGCAUCUCCACAGAACUACUUUGAUUCCAAGACAACCUUUGUCGGUACAGGGCUUAGUGGUCCGGAUGAUGUAGAUGGAAGUGGCACAAGACGAGAUCUCAAACUUCCCAAGUCAACUGGAGACAAUAAACUGACGGAGAAAAUGGUUCCUGGAUACACAGGCUAUAUUCCCAGAAUGCCGUUCAAGUUUGGCAACACCUACAAGGAAGAUUGUGAUGUCUGCAUCGAUGACUUCAUGAGAAACACAAAAGAACAUGACACUAAGGUGCACACACUACGGAAGGCGCAAACGCAGAUUAAACCACUGAGGCCAAUGACAGAUGAAGGAACAGUCAUCAAUAGAUUGAAUCAGUAUAGGGAUAGACAUCCAACCUCCAAAAUACUUCUAGAGGACAAACGUGAAUCCAGAGAAGCCCCAAUUCCGGGUUACGAUGGUUUCAUCCCUAGACAAGGCGUAUCAGAGCUCGGCCUAGGAGCUCGCUAUCAUACCAUCUGUGAUAAGUCUCUCAAUACCUUCUAUGAUGAGACAGACAGGCAUGCAGAGAGGAUUGGACGAGCCUAUGUACCAAAAACCAAUGUACCAGAUGACCAAGCCAAGGCUUCCAUCCAGCUCACCAGAGAAGAUCGAGAUGUUUUGAUGCAAAGACGACUCUACAAACGUAUUGGAAUGGUUCCAAAGUACACAGGAUAUCUGCCACAGAUUCGAUUUCAGUUUGGCCAGACCUAUGGUGAUACGACUCGUUCACUGCCUGUGUGCUUCCAUGAGCAGCCAACGUAUGGUCAGCAUCUAUCCACAGUUCAACAAUCAGUUUGAGCCUGCAGAAGCCUCCAUUCAUCACAACGUUUGUGUCACACUAAUCGUGGUGCGAAAUACAACCGCUAACUGUAUAUCAGUCAUUUCAAGUAAAACACCCACCGAGUGAUAGACAAAAAUUCUGUCAGACAGUUGACUUGCAGUUUAAUAAUCAUGUAAUUUUCAAUCAAGCUUUGAAAUAAACAAAUCUGAAUUUCUAAGUGACGCAUGUAAAUGAAUAUACUACAGCGCGUC